AUGCCUUGCUUCAAGGGCCUUGCGGUCAGCAUCCACACACCGGAUGGCCCCAUAGCCGAGCACUCGAUCCAGAAACAAUCGCGCGUCUCCCGAAUCUCGUCCUAUAUCCCCGUUCCUCCCGCCAGCAUCCCCAACAACUCGGCCACGGGCAAACCGGAGCAGUCCACAUUUGCCAUUUCCAUCACCUUGCUCACACCCGGCCUGAAUGUGCCUUACUCGACACCAAAGCCCACACCCGAGGACCCCUACCCUCGCCCGAGAGUUGUUGGCGGACUACCAGGAUAUGCGGGCGAGCGUGGCAAAUACUCUGCGACCGUGCCUCCCUACAUUCCGCGCACCACAAACCCGAACGAGACGAUUGCCGCUUAUAUUUAUUUCGAUGGCCGUCCAAAGGAGGAAGUUGCGACUCUGCUACGCCGCGGCGAAGAGACGUGGGUGAACUCGCGAUGGGUCAGCGUGCCCGAAUCGGAAGGUGGUGGCCUGGCAGAGCGUGAGUUCUUGUUCAGGGAGGUGGGACUAGAGAGAUGGCUGAACGGGCUUGAUCUCGAGGGCAGCAACAAGGACAAGGCGGCGCGGAUUGAGCGGAGGCAGCGGAAACUGGAGAAGAAGCGGACCAAGGUCAAGGAAGAGGUCAACAGUGACGGCGAGAUGGAAGAGAUAGGCUACAAGCGGGUGGACAGGAACGGCGUGCUGCGGUAUGGUGGAGAUGGCAGCUCCCCAGUGGAGGAUCUUCCAAUCGAGGACGGCCUCUUCUCGUCCGAGUCGGACUCGGACGACGAGCCACCGCAAUCAGAAGCUGCUGGCCAGAUCAAGGUCGCACUCUUCCGUGUUCUUGCCAGUGGCGAGAUCAAACGCGGAGAAUACUCUCCUCAAUUCGACGCGCACGAUGACGACGAAGGUAUGGACGGACAGAGCGGAGGCGGCGAUGGCGGCGACGGUGAUGCCGACCAUACUACGAGUUUCGCCAAGCCCAAGACACUGGAUCCGAAAUCAAUCAGCACGCAGACCGUCACAGGACUGGACCCUCCAGAAUCACCAUAUGCAGUCUUCACAUUCUUCUAUCGUGGCAAGAAGCAGUUACAGAAGAUGGGCAUAGUACCAGAAACAACGCCUCAGAAGGCUACAGAACAGAACAGCAGACGCAAGUCAUCCGGACCAGACUUCUCCAAGCUUGGUCCGCUCAAGACAGCCGGUACCGUAGGCUACUCUGGAUAUCGGGAUGCUACUACCGCCAAGCGGCGACACGAUCGGAACAAGGACGUGGACGCCAUGGACAGCGAUGCGGACGACGAGGAUGACGAGAGGCGAAUCGACGGGCUUGAGGAUGGCGAUGUCAAGCAAGAAAAUGGCGGCUUGCUGUCUYCUGAGGACGCUAAGCGUCAAGGCGAGAUCUCGGAGGGCGUACAGAAGAUCAAGCUCAAACGCCAGCACUCUGCUGAGCCAGUUAGCGAGUCUAGCUCCAGCCACAAGACACCACACAUCAAAGUCGAGGAUUCGCCAGGUGGUGGCACAUCGCCAUCAGGGAACUCGACCAAUGCGAAUGCUGGAACGCCUCCAGAUGGCCUAUCGCCGCUCAUCACCGACGCAACUGCCGAUGGCAUUUCAAGUCCGUACAAGCGUGCGAGAUCUAGCAUGCCGGGAUUGGCCAGCAGUGCAUUUGGCGGCUUUGGUACUAGUGUGAACGAGAGCCAAACGUCAGCUGCGUCUGGUGACCGAGCAGCCUCGACACCUGAGAUCAAGCUGAACGCAACGCCUCAGCUGCCACAGGUCAACGACGAGGAAGAGUUGUGA